AUGAUCACUCGGUUACAUGCCAUGUACCAGCGAUCCAGAAAGGUCUUGAUACUCCUCGGUGUCGUCUUCCUGGUUGUCAAUAUCGCGAGCAUAGCGAUCAGCGCAAUAAUAACGAACCAUACUAUUUCAGGGGAGGAGCUCAUUCUCUCCGGCACCUAUCAGUGCACUAUGAACUCUGAGGCAGAUCUCGCGCCUCUGGCGUCCAUGAUUUGGAUACUGUGGACUGUAUGGGAGGUCCUCGCACUGUGUCUCGCUGUCUGGAUUGCUGUAAAACACUUCCGAGAACUGCGACGGCAAUCGGCAGGAGGGAUUCUCGGAGACUGUUUCACGGUGUUGAUGAAAUCUCAUGUGGGCUACUUUGCGAGCUUUCUUGCUGCUUCGAGCUUCGAGCUCGGUUAUGACUCAUCGACGAUGCCAGCGGACACAUAUUCCCUGGAAGUCCACAUUUAUGCUGGGUUUCUUGAAAUAUUUAUGGCUGUGCAGUUGCUUGUGCUGGGACCACGUCUCAUCCUUGACGUUCGAGAAUAUUACGCUAAGCUCGUGGAGGACUCAGAUGCAGCAACUGCCAUGACUUCAAUUGCCUUCCAGGAGCGUGUCCAUGUGUCAACUAGCAGUAGUGUGUAG